UCGAGCGUCCCCACGAGUGUUCAGAUUGCGGGGAACUCCCGUCUGCACUCCGCUCGCAAUCGCGCGUAUCGACCGUGUAUCGUUGCCCGCGGCGUAAACACACCGAGUCGCGUCUCUCGGUUCUCCGAAUCAGCUGUGAAAACAGCCAUCUUGCGAUCAGCUGUCGCCGAGCGCGGGCCGAUGUGGCGGAGUACGAUCCGCGAGCGCUCGCGACUGCCCCGAGUCGUGGACGCGAGAUGCGGCGAAAACAUUUUGCGCGGAAACAUCUAGCAACGUGACGUAAACGCACUUGGAUAGGAUUUCGCUUGCGUUGUCGAGUCAUUUUUCCUGCCGUGAGUCGUUGGAUAUUUGCGCGCAAAAUCGCAUACGUCAGUACACGAGCUAAUCGCUCGCGUGCGAGAGCGCGGACCGAACGAGACUUCAAGACAGAGUUCGCGACGGUGACGGGUGAACAUGGACGAUGAAACGCUGAACAGGCUGGCAGCCGAAGCUUUACUGGAGGAGGCCAAGCUUGGUGCACGAAGAGCCGAAAUAAUGGGUCCCAGUGGAUGGGUGAAACCCAAAGAGACCGUUAACAAAAGAUUCCUCCACUCGACAUUGCGAAAUGCAGUGGUAUCGAACAAGCACCGGUCGCUGAAGCAAGAGAAGGUGAAAGUUCAGCCACGCAAGGCGGAUUUUAACGCUGUUAAAAAAUCGUAAUGCGCGUAUAGUAUCGUUCCUGUGUAUAUGUGUUACUAUAUUUUCUGAUGUGUACCUUUGAGAAUUCCUCAUUUCUGGUUGAGAGGAGAAAAAGAUGUGUAGACGCGUUUACAUAUUGUUGCUAAAGUAAACGACUGUAGUUAUUUUUAUUUAUUCUAUUACAGUACAUUGACAUUACGAUCGAAUAUUACAUAUUUUUGUAUGCAAUAAAAAAGAAUUCUAUAUAAAUAUUCCAAUAAACGGUAUAUAAAAUGAAUUUCACUGAUCGAUUAUCGAUAUUGUACAAAAAUAUUUCGAAUGCUUUGCAAAUAUAUCUGAUAGUGUUUCUUUUCCUGCCAAUAUUUAAAAUAUUUUACAUACUUCGCUUUAGAUUAGUAAGCACAUUUUAGAUCUUUCAGUCUAUCUCCUGCCAAUUUCUAAUAGUCGUAAUUCCCAUAGAAGUUGUAUGUACAAUCGUGUCAGAAUUGCUUUGUAGAACAGACAAAAUUCUAUUGUACAUUUGCAUAUCUAAUCUCUACAAUCAUUAUCAGAACUUCCAUGAAAUAUACAAAGAUGAAAUUAA